CGCGCAGCGGGAGCGGGAGUCGGGAUCGCGGCUACGCGCUGAGUUUUCCUCUCGCUCGGCAGGUCAGGGCCGAGGACAGCCGCGUUUCUGAGGAACUCGCCAGAAACCGCCAAGAUGCCGAAGCCAAUCAACGUCCGCGUCACCACCAUGGACGCAGAGCUGGAGUUCGCCGUCCAGCCGAACACCACGGGGAAGCAGCUGUUCGAUCAGGUGGUCAAGACCAUCGGCCUGCGGGAGGUGUGGUACUUCGGCCUCCAGUACGUGGACAAUAAGGGCUUCCCCACCUGGUUGAAACUGGAUAAAAAGGUGUCCGCCCAGGAGGUCAAGAAGGAGAACCCGGUGCAGUUCAAGUUCCGAGCCAAGUUCUAUCCCGAGGACGUGUCCGAGGAGCUCAUCCAGGACAUCACGCAGAAGCUGUUCUUCCUGCAAGUGAAGGAGGGCAUCCUGAGUGAUGAGAUUUACUGCCCGCCCGAGACCGCCGUGCUGCUGGGCUCCUACGCCGUGCAGGCCAAGUUUGGAGAUUACAACAAGGAGACACACAAGUCGGGCUACCUCAGCUCCGAGCGGCUCAUUCCGCAGAGGGUCAUGGACCAACACAAGCUCACCCGGGACCAGUGGGAGGACCGGAUCCAGGUGUGGCAUGCCGAGCACCGUGGGAUGCUCAAAGACAGCGCCAUGCUGGAGUACCUCAAGAUCGCCCAGGACCUGGAGAUGUAUGGGAUCAACUACUUUGAGAUCAAGAACAAGAAAGGGACAGACCUGUGGCUCGGGGUCGACGCGCUUGGCCUGAACAUCUAUGAGAAGGAUGACAAGUUGACCCCAAAGAUUGGCUUCCCUUGGAGUGAAAUACGGAACAUCUCUUUCAAUGACAAGAAGUUCGUCAUUAAGCCCAUCGACAAAAAGGCCCCUGACUUUGUGUUCUACGCCCCUCGCCUGCGCAUCAACAAGCGGAUCCUGCAGCUGUGUAUGGGCAACCACGAGCUGUACAUGCGCCGCCGGAAGCCCGACACCAUCGAAGUGCAGCAGAUGAAGGCCCAGGCCCGCGAGGAGAAGCAGCAGAAGCAGAUGGAGCGGCAACAGCUGGAGUCAGAAAAGAAGAGGCGGGAGACCGUGGAGAAGGAGAAGGAGCAGAUGCUGCGGGAGAAGGAGGAGCUCAUGCUGCGGCUACAGGACUACGAGCAGAAGACCAAAAAGGCCGAGAAAGAACUCUCUGAUCAGAUCCAGAGAGCCCUGCAGCUGGAGGAUGAGAGGAAGCGAGCGCAGGAGGAGUCGGAGCGCCUGGAGGCCGACCGUGUGGCCGCACUGCGGGCCAAGGAGGAGCUGGAGAGGCAGGCGGCUGACCAGAUUAAGAGCCAGGAGCAGCUGGCCGCGGAGCUGGCUGAAUACACCGCCAAGAUUGCCCUGCUGGAGGAGGCAAGGAAGCGCAAGGAGAACGAGGUGGAGGUGUGGCAGCACCGGGCCAGGGAGGCCCAGGAUGACCUGGUGAAGACCAAGGAGGAGCUGCACCUGGUGAUGACCACGCCCCCGCCGCCACCCCCCAUGUAUGAGCCGGUGAGCUACCAUGUGCGGGAGAACCUGCACGAGGAGGGCGCCGAGCCGCUGGGCUACAGCGCCGAGCUGUCCAGCGAGGGCAUCCUGGAUGACCGCAACGAGGAGAAGCGCCUCACCGAGGCCGAGAAGAACGAGCGUGUGCAGCGGCAGCUGCUGACCCUGAGCAGUGAGCUGUCCCAGGCCAGAGACGAGAACAAGAGGACACACAAUGACAUCAUCCACAACGAGAACAUGCGGCAAGGCCGCGACAAGUACAAGACGCUGCGGCAGAUCCGGCAGGGCAACACGAAGCAGCGCAUCGACGAGUUCGAGGCCAUGUGAGGGCCAGGACUGGGGGCAGAGGGCCUGGCCGCCGGCCCCGCCCGCCCGUGGCCUCAGGGUCCAGCCCCUCACCACGGUGCAGCAGUGCCUCAAGCAGGGACCAGGUCGCUGGAGGAGUUGUCCGGCCAGCCCAGGGAGGUCUUUGCUUUACUCUCCCAUGUCGUGCCCCAGUGCCAAGCGGGCCCCAGCCGGC